UUCACAUGUUAUGAGUGACCGCAAGCCCUAUAUAAGCGAAUAUUAUGUGCACAAGGGACAUAGUGUUCUGCCAACCGACGUGACAGCAACACGAAGAAAACCAUGUUUCGAAUUACAAAUAUCAUUGCUUUGGCUGUAUGCGCUAUUAUAUGCGCAUCGCAGCCAGUGGAAAAGUUGCCAGUGUUAAAAGCCGUGCCAUAUUCUGAAGUGCACAUUUACACACCGAAAACUGAGAUCGUAUUGGAAUGCGUUACGGCCGAGCAGGGAUCAGAUGUCAAAUACACCUGGUUGAAAGAUGACAAACCGUUCACACCAACCGGUGACGUCAUCCAACGCGAAAACGAGGGGACAUUAGUCUUCAAAAAUCCCGACCAAUCCAACGAAGGACAGUACCAAUGUUUCGCCCAAUCAGAAUACGGCGUGGCCAGGACUCGUCCGGUGACACUUAAGAAAUUAUUCAUCGAGAAACCGGAAUUCACUUUGAAGAAACACAAACCAGUCGAGGGGGAUCCCUUCAAGUUGGACUGCGUGAUUCCGAAGGCGUAUACGAAACCGUCAAUUGCUUGGUUAAGGAAAUCACUGACCGAUGAUUCCGACGUCAAAAUGGUGUUAGACCAGCGUUACACAAUAUCGCCAGAAGGGACUCUCUACUUUUCGAAUGUCACCAAAGAAGACACGAGCCCCGAUUACAAAUACGUGUGUGCCGCAAAGUCUCCGGAGUCCGGUGAGAUGGUGACAUUGGCUGAGCAUAUUUUGGAGGACGUUGAGCCCAACAAGGGGCCAAUCAACAACGAUGUGGUUAAACAAUACGUCUCCCAGGAUAUGACCGUGAAGGCUGGUGACUUCGUCUUCCUAUAUUGUAUUUAUGGUGGCAACCCCUUGGCCCACCCCGACUGGUUCAAAGACGGAAAAGACGUGAACAACGGUGUUAAGGAUCGCGUGACGCGUCACAACAAGAGUGUUGGCAAGCGUCUCGUCAUCAAAGAGAUCUGGGUCUCGGACCAGGGCGAGUACACUUGCGUCGUUGACAAUGAAGUCGGCAAACCGCAGAAGCACAGCAUGUAUUUGACCGUCGUCAGUGCCCCACAAUUCCUCAGGGAUGAUGUCCCGAAGAUAAUCGUAAAACCUGGCGAAGACGUCACUAUCCCGUGCAUUGCUGCCGGUAUCCCCGCCCCUGAGUUGUCCUGGUCGCACAACGCGGAAGACUUGCCCCAGAACGACAGGAUUCUACUGAACAAAUCGUCACAGGGCAACACGACUGUCUCUGAUCUGACUAUCAAGAACGUGCAGAAGGGGGACAAGGGAUACUACGGUUGUAAGGGACUUAACGAAAAUGGGGACAUCUACAAGGAGACACUGCUUUACGUUCAGUAAUUAAAAGUUUUUGUAAUUAACCAAUGUCAAUAAACGAUUAUUAUCUAUAC